AGCUUACUACCAGCCCAGCCUGACUGCUGAGUAUGAUAGGACAGCCCAGGAGGAGGUUUUGAUUUCUUCUCCAACCUUGUAACCAAAUGGGAGACUGCAGCCAGGCUUCCUGGAGAUGCUACACGCCAGGUGGUGGUGCGCUCUGGGGUUGUGCUCGGCCGUGGGGGUGGUGCCAUUGGUCACAUGCUAUUGCCUUUCCGCCUGGGCCUGGGGGCCCUAUCGGCUCAGGCCACCAGUUCUUCCUCUGGAUUCACAUCGGGGACCUGGCAGGAAUCCUGGCCCAUGCCCUCGAAGCAAGCCACGUGCAGGGGGUCCUGAAUGGAGUGGCUCCAGCCUCCACCACUACAAAUGUUGAGUUUGCUCAGGCCUUGGGCACAGCCCUGGGCUGUCCAGCCUUCAUCCCUCUCCCCAGCACCGUUGUGCAAGCUGUCUUUGGGCAAGAACAAGCUAUCAUGCUGCUGGAGGGCCAGUAAAUGGUCCCAUGGUGGAUACUGGCCACUGGCUACCAGUAUUCAUUCCCAGAGCUGGGGGCCUCCUUGAAAGAAAUCAUAGCCUAAGUGGG